CUGCCCUCUCAGACUCCCACUCCUAAUCCAGGGUGCUUGAAAUUUGGUGUCCACAUUUAGGUCAUUAAUUCAUUUAUGUUUCAGUUCAUGACUUGUGUGAGGAAAGAUGGCUGCUAUAGUGUGUUGUGACCACUGAUGUUUGUUUUUGCGGAAUAGUUUGCUCCCUGCUUCUUUAGGUUGUUGUUUUUUAGUUUUUGUUAAACCUUUUUAGGAGACUUUGUAACUGUGAGACUCCCAGCUUGUGGAAUACCAGCCCUUCUUUCUCUGGACUGUCUCAAACUGCUUUCUACAAUGCUGACCGACCCGUGUGGAGCCAUGUCGAUGGGGUCAGAUGUUCGGGAUCUGACGCUCCUACCUCCAGUGCCUCCUGGGUCAUCCUUACCGGGCGCUGGUGGCGGCUGUGGGAUGUCUGUUGGGGGUGGUCAGUGGACCCAGCUGCUGGACCUCCACCCCGGCUCUCCCUACAGCUCCCUGCCCUCCCACCACUCCCUCAUCAAGCAGGAACCAGGUUGGGGGACCGCUGAUCCGAUAGAGGACCCUCACUGUGGACUCGGGGCCUUCACAUUGCACUUCUCAGGCCAGUUUACAGGCUCGGGCCCCUGCCGAGUUGGGGCCUUCGGAGAGCCAACUGGAGGUCAAGCGAGGAUGUUUCCUAAUGGUACCUACCUGCCCGGCUGCAUGGACAGUCCUCCUACACACAGGAACCAGGGUUAUGGCGCAGUGGGUUUAGACAGCAACCCCAGUUAUGGUCACACUCCCUCUCAUCACAGCCCUCAGCUCUCCAGCCUGUCCUUCAAACACGAGGACACUCUGUCACCGCAAAACAACAUAGUUGACCAGCAGUACCCAGCUCCUCCUCCCAUGUUUGGCUGCCACAAUCCUUCAGAAUCGUGUCCGAGCAGCCAAGCUCUGCUGCUGAGAAACUACAGCAGGUAA